CACACGAUAAGUCACGUGCUCAAACUAGCUCCGCUAGCUCGGUCCUGCACUCCAUCUCAGCAACUUGCUGCCAGUCCAACUAGCAACACGCAACACUCGCCCAGCGACAACAGCAACAUCAAUAGCAACACUGCAGUGUCAAGUGCGCAGGAGCAGCAAACAAACAGCAGCACACACACACUCACGAACACACACAAUGGAUCACAACAUGCACGUGAACGCGCCGUCGCUGCAUCACUGGGGCUAUGCCGCCGGUCCCGGAGUGGUCAUGCCCGGCGCCACCGCCGGUGGCACGCCCCAGAGCCACUGGGUGCCGCCGCCGCAGAGCCACCACAGCGCCCACAGCAACCACAGCCACGGCCACGGCCAGAGCCACAGCCACGGACACAGCAGCCUCAAGCGGACGCUCUCCGAGAGCGACUGCGACGACCUCUACUCCGAGGAGUCCUCCAAAGAACAAAUCUCGCCCAGCGAAACGGGCAGCUGCCAACUGAUGAGCCGCAAGAAGCGUCGCGGAGUGAUCGAGAAGAAGCGUCGGGAUCGGAUCAACUCCUCGUUGACCGAGCUGAAACGUCUGGUGCCCUCCGCAUACGAAAAGCAGGGAUCCGCAAAGCUGGAGAAGGCAGAGAUCCUUCAGCUGACCGUAGAGCAUCUGAAGAACUUGCAAUCAAAAACUCUCGACUCGCUGAGCUAUGACCCGCAGCGCGUGGCCAUGGACUACCACAUCAUCGGGUUCCGCGAGUGCGCCGCCGAGGUGGCCCGCUAUUUGGUCACCAUCGAGGGCAUGGACAUCCAGGAUCCGCUGCGCCUGCGCCUCAUGUCCCACCUGCAGUACUUCGUGCAGCAGCGCGAGCUGUCGGCGAAGAGUUGCGCCAGUCCUGGAGGUUGGGCCUCAGCCACUCCAAGUACUUCCGGCUAUCAGCCGAAUUGUGCAGCGGCUCCUUACCAGAGUUAUGCGGCGCCAGCGAAUCCGGGUGCCUAUGUCUCCAGCUAUCCCACGCUAAGUGCAUCGCCUUCCCAGCAGACCCAGCAACUUGGGGGUCGCACCAGUGUCUCCCGGACAAGUGGAGGUGGAGUGAACGAAUCAUUACCCACCCACGAUCUUCACUCCGAAAGCAGCAGCCAGCAGCAGCAACAGCAGCAACAGCAGCAACAGCAGCAGCAGCAACAGCAGCAGCAGCAACAGCAACACCAGCCACACCAGCAGCAACAGCAACACCAGCAACAACAAAGGACCCAGACAACACCUCAGUCGCCACAGCAGCAACACUACACGCACGAUCACAGCGUGGUGCAUCCCGAGCAGCAGCAGAUACCCACCUACAUCGAGCUGACCAACAGCAAUCGUCCGGCGGCCGUGGGUUCCGAGAGCCUCAGCUACAGUGCCGCCCCUCAGUAUCCGGUCAGUGGGGGCCAGGACUACAACAAUGCCAGCGUCCUGCAGUAUGCCACGCCCAACGGAGCCAAGCCCUAUCGACCCUGGGGCGCCGAGAUGGCCUACUAAUCGGAUAAACCCCUGGUAAUGAAAAGUGAAAUCGGAACAGGAUCUCUAGUCAGAGCAAACCAAGUGUGAUAGUCUUAAGUUCGCAAACUAAGCAGUGAGAUUAGCUACUUCCUUAAGCAUUUGCAUUUAAUUUAUUCUUUACCAUAAGAUUAUGAACCUUUUGUGAAUCUAUUGUAAAU